UCACUUCUGGCGCUGUAAAACGCCACGCGAUUUAUUUGAUUCACAUUUUAAAACCAGCGAUUCGGAAACGGGGCCAAGGGUGAGGGUCUCCCAGCCCUGGAGUCCCGGGGGGCGGGGUGCUCAGUGCAAACCUCGUUUCCUCCGCGAGUGUCGCCUCCAGGCUGUUAUUUGCAAAGAAACGUCUUUUUGACGCAGGGAGAAAUGGCAAAUUUUAACGGCACCAGCUCGAGUCUGGCGGGCUAACCGUCCCCAGCAGGAGCGCGGGGCUGGGGACGCCGCGGGCACGGCCGCCUCCCUCGCCACGACCCCGGAUGGAUGCGCGCCCCCCGCCCUCCCGCGCCGGCCCCAGGAGCUCCUGGUUUCGGGAGCAUCCUUCCCGCGCCGGCCCCCGCCGCGGCGCGUAGCCGAGGGCAGCGCCCCUCGGGAGGGCACCGCGGAGCAAGAUGGAAGAGAAGAGGCGAAAAUACUCCAUCAGCAGCGACAACUCGGACACUAGUGACAGUCACGCUACAUCUGCAUCAGCAUCAAGAUGCUCCAAACUACCCAGCAGCACCAAGUCCGGCUGGCCCCGGCAAAACGAAAAGAAGCCCUCAGAGGUUUUCCGGACAGACUUGAUCACAGCCAUGAAGAUUCCAGAUUCAUACCAGCUGAGCCCGGAUGACUACUAUAUCCUGGCGGACCCRUGGCGACAGGAAUGGGAGAAAGGUGUGCAGGUGCCCGCCGGGGCAGAGGCCAUUCCAGAGCCGGUGGUGAGGAUCCUCCCACCGCUGGAAGGCCCCCCUGCACAGGGAUCCCCAGACAACUCUGCACUUGGUGAGGGCUCCCAGCCUGAUUGGCCAGAGGGCAGCCGCUAUGACCUGGACGAGAUUGACGCCUACUGGCUGGAGCUUAUCAACUCCGAGCUCAAGGAGAUGGAGAGGCCCAAGCUGGACGAGCUGACGUUAGAACGUGUGCUGGAGGAGCUGGAGACUUUGUGCCACCAGAAUAUGGCCCGGGCCAUUGAGACGCAGGAGGGGCUGGGCAUUGAGUAUGAUGAGGAUGUGGUCUGUGACGUGUGCCGCUCCCCUGAGGGUGAGGAUGGCAAUGAGAUGGUCUUCUGUGACAAGUGCAACGUCUGUGUGCACCAGGCUUGCUAUGGGAUCCUGAAGGUGCCUACAGGCAGCUGGCUAUGCCGGACGUGUGCCCUGGGAGUCCAGCCAAAGUGCCUGCUCUGCCCCAAGCGAGGAGGAGCCCUGAAGCCCACCCGAAGUGGGACCAAGUGGGUGCACGUCAGCUGCGCCCUGUGGAUUCCUGAGGUCAGCAUUGGCUGUCCAGAGAAGAUGGAGCCCAUCACCAAGAUCUCACAUAUUCCAGCCAGCCGCUGGGCUCUGUCCUGCAGCCUCUGCAAGGAGUGCACAGGCACCUGCAUCCAGUGUUCAAUGCCUUCCUGUGUCACUGCAUUCCAUGUCACGUGCGCCUUUGACCAUGGCCUAGAAAUGCGGACUAUAUUAGCAGACAACGAUGAGGUCAAGUUCAAGUCGUUCUGCCAGGAGCACAGUGAUGGGGGCCCACGGUGCGAGCCUACAUCCGAGCCCACAGAGCCCAGCCAGGCCAUUGAGGACAUGGAAAAGGUGACUCUGCGCAAACAGAGGCUGCAGCAGCUGGAAGAAGACUUCUACGAGCUGGUGGAGCCGGCUGAGGUGGCCGAGCGGCUGGACCUGGCUGAGGCGCUGGUUGACUUCAUCUACCAGUACUGGAAGCUGAAGAGGAAAGCCAAUGCCAACCAGCCGCUGCUGACGCCCAAGACCGAUGAGGUGGACAACUUGGCCCAGCAGGAGCAGGACGUCCUCUACCGCCGCCUGAAGCUCUUCACACACCUGAGGCAGGACCUGGAGAGGGUUAGAAAUCUGUGCUACAUGGUGACAAGGCGCGAGAGAACAAAACACGCCAUCUGCAAGCUCCAGGAGCAGAUAUUCCACCUGCAGAUGAAACUUAUUGAACAGGAUCUGUGUCGAGAGCGGUCUGGGAGGAGAGCAAAGGGCAAGAAGAGCGACUCAAAGAAGAAAGGUCACGAAGGCCCUAAGGGCAGUAGCCCUGAGAAGAAAGAGAAAGUGAAGGCUGGGCCAGACUCCGUGCUGGGGCAGCUGGGGCUGUCCACCUCAUUCCCCAUCGACGGCACCUUCUUCAACAGCUGGCUGGCACAGUCAGUGCAGAUCACAGCAGAGGACAUGGCCAUGAGUGAGUGGUCACUGAACAACGGGCACCGUGAGGACCCCGUUCCGGGGCUGCUGUCAGAAGAGCUGCUGCAGGACGAGGAGACGCUGCUCAGCUUCAUGCGRGACCCCUCCCUGCGACCUGGCGACCCUGCCAGGAAAGCCCGGGCCCGCACCCGCCUGCCUGCCAAGAAGAAACCACCACCGCUGCAGGAUGGUUCGCGGACAACUCCAGACAAAGCCCCCAAGAAGCCCUGGGGCCAGGAGGCAGGCAGUGGCAAGGGUGGGCAGGGGCCACCUGCCAGGAAACCACCACGGCGGACGUCUUCUCACUUGCCGUCCAGCCCUACAGCUGGGGACUGUCCCAUCCCAGCGGCCCCCAAAAGCCCCCCUCCACUGGCUCCUGAGACCCCAGACGAGGCAGUCCCAAUGGCUGCUGACUCGAAUGUGCAAGUGCCUGGCCCUACGGUGAGCCCCAAGCCCUUGGGUCGGCUCCGGCCACCCCGUGAGAGCAAAGCCACCCGGAGAUCACUGGGUGCCAGGCCUGAUGCUGGGACAGGACCGCCUUCUGCUGUGGCCGAGAGGCCAAAGGUCAGCCUACACUUUGACACUGAGACUGAUGGCUACUUCUCUGAUGGGGAGAUGAGCGACUCGGAUGUAGAGGCCGACGACAGCGGGGUACAGCGGGGUUCCCGAGAGGCAGGGGCUGAGGAGGUGGUCCGCAUGGGUGUACUGGCCUCCUAAUUCACCCUACCCCUGUCCCAGGUCCUGCCCUGGUCCCUAUAAGGCCUCAGCCCAGUCACAACUGCCAUUUCCAAUCUCUGCUGAGUGUCCCAGACCCUUGAGGCUGCCACUCUGUUGUGGUUUUAUUUUUAAUAUAGAGAGUUUUGAAUUCCA